AUGACUGACUCUUUCGAACUCGAUUCAGAUGAGAGUAAAGGCACCUCGCGAAUAUCGUUGGCCUCUUGGGUUGAGCUUUUGGACCCAGUUUCAUCCACGGCGCAAUCGUACUACCUGCCGAGGCGCUACUUCAGCAAUGCGACUCAAAAAUUGAAAAUAACAAAACCGCGUCAAAAACUCGCUAGGCUUAAGACUACGGCCCAAGAUCUCACACCACAGAUAGAAGAGUUCAAAAAACGCGCUCUGGGCCGUCUACAAGCGCUUGACAAGCCACUGGAGACUUUGUUUUUCCAUAAUAGCUCCAACCUGGAGAAAUGGUUUUAUCCGUUCACUCUGUUCAAUAUCUUCGCAAUCGGGUUUAUAAUAGGCAAGUACCCGGAAUGGUUUCAUGUUUACUACACAGCGAUGCUUGUGCUGCUCAUGCCUGUGCGGUACUACACUUAUUAUAAGACCAACAGCCAUUACUACAUGGCUGAUCUGUGCUAUUAUGUUAACCUGAUGUGUCUACUCUUCAUUUGGGUUUUGCCUCAGUCCGUCCAUUUAUAUCAAACUUGUUUUGCCUUCACUUUUGGAACGUUGUGCUUUGCAGUCAUUACUUGGAGAAACUCUCUUGUGAUCCAUUCUGUCGACAAAAUCACUUCCUGCUUCAUUCAUAUCAUGCCUCCAUUGACGAUGUAUACCAUUAGGUAUGGUAUUGAUGAGCAUUUGAAGAUUAAAAGGUUUCCAGCGGCGUCUGUCCUGGCUUCUGAAAAGUGGAACUUGAAAUAUAAUAUUUUCUGGACCUCCAUAUAUUAUCUCGUCUGGCAAAGCGCCUAUCACUACUUCAUUACAUUACGACAAUCCUCGAAGAUCAAAUCUGGUCAAAGGGUUACGAGCUUCGAGUACCUAACCACCCACCAGUUUAAAAAUUUUUGGGCCGUUAAGUUGCCUGAUCCUUGGCCUAUGGUUUGCUACAUUUUGAUACAGUACUGUUACCAAUUAGGGACAAUGAUUUUGUGUGGUAUAUGGUUCCACCACCAGAAAGCCGCAGGAGCAUUUUUGAUCUUCAUUUACCUUUGUGCGGCACGGAAUGGAGCAACUUAUUACAUAGAUCAUUAUGGGAAAAAGUUCGAAAAGGAGGUUACCAAACUGAGGAUGGAAGUAGAAGAUCUGCAACAUCAGCUGGACCAAAAAACUUCGUAA